UCUCUCUCUCUCUCCUCCUCUCUCUCUCUCUCUCUGUACUGAGAUAUCUCGCAGCCGCCCAAGAAGAAGACCGUCUCUCUUUCUUUCUCUCCAGUUCUCGCCGGUUGGCCAAAGGCCGAAGCCUCGAUUUUGGUAGCGUUUCGUAUCGGGAUAAGCGUUUCGGACGCCUUCACAAGGAAGAGCGAGCGGAAAAGUGAGCGCGAUUUUGGCGUGGGAGCGAAGCUAAGCUGGAUUCCCGGAUCGGAAAUGUCCGCUAUCUAAGGGAUGAUACGGGGCUUUUCCGACACCGCUCCGAUCUUUCGGAUGCCGGUAAAAGAAGCGCGGGGCCCGAUCUAGGCGGCGGCUGGUUCUGGUUCAGGUUCCCGCCGUAGCGGCCGAGCUCGGCGGCGGCGGCGCCGGCUAGGUGGACCGGUGGUUGGGAGCGAGGGCCAGUUCGUGGGGUGGAUUUGGUUGGGAACAGUGAUCGAAGACUAGUAGCUGCUGAGAGUACAGGGCGAUGCCUGUGGAAUUGGAGAAUUCCUCCGUGAUGACCUUCUCCAACUCGGGCUCCGGCGAGGCUAGCGUCUCCUCCGGCCAGCAGCAGGCACCACCUCCUCCUCCGCCACCAGCCAAGAAGAAGCGCAAUCUCCCUGGAAUGCCAGAUCCGGAUGCUGAGGUGAUAGCACUGUCGCCGAAGACGCUAAUGGCGACGAAUAGGUUUGUGUGCGAGAUCUGCAACAAAGGGUUCCAGAGGGACCAGAAUCUCCAGCUGCAUCGAAGGGGGCAUAACCUGCCAUGGAAGCUGAGGCAGAGGACGGGGAAGGAGGCGAGGAAACGGGUGUACGUUUGCCCGGAGCCAAGCUGUGUCCACCACGACCCCUCGCGGGCGCUCGGCGACCUCACCGGCAUUAAGAAGCACUUCUGCCGGAAGCACGGCGAGAAGAAGUGGAAGUGCGACAAGUGCUCGAAGAAAUACGCCGUUCAGUCGGACUGGAAGGCCCACUCUAAGACCUGCGGCACCCGCGAGUACCGCUGCGACUGCGGCACCCUCUUCUCCCGGAGGGAUAGCUUUAUCACGCACAGGGCGUUCUGCGAUGCGCUGGCGGAGGAGAGCGCGAAGUCGCAGACGAACAACACCGCCGCCUCGGCGCCGGCAGCGCCGGAGAACCAGAAGGCGGAGGAUGACGGGAAGGCCGCUGCGGCUCCGGCACCGGCACCGGCACCGCCGGCGCCCGAGAAGUCUCUGCCUCCGGCGGCGAUGCCUGGGGCGGGGUUAUCGCGCCAGCUGGGGGCGCCGCCGGAGCAGCAGCGAGAACCGGAGAACCCCCCCGCCGGGAUGCUGCAAUACAUGCCUCCGGCACCGCCGCCACCGCCGUCCUCCAUCACCAUUGGCAGCAACAACAGCAGCGGCACGACGAGCAGCAGUGGGGGAAGUAGCAGCGGCACUAGCACCAGCCUGUUUGCGAGCCUCUUUGCCUCGGCCUCCGCUACCGCCGCGGCGCAGAGCACCACCUUUUCCGACCUCAUCGGCGCCAUGAGCCGCACCGACCGCUCCCUCGCUACGGAGGCCCCGUCGCUGUGUCUGUCCACUAAUGGCCCCGCCUCCCUCUUCUCGCAGCCACCUCAGGAGCGCCGCCCGUUCCUCCCGCCACCGCCACCGCCGUCCCCCCACAUGUCCGCCACCGCCUUGCUGCAGAAGGCCGCUCAGAUGGGUGCCGCCGCCACAAGCAGCUCCUCCUUCCUCCGUGGCUUUGGACUCGCAACCUCCACCGCCGGGCACCCGGAGGGCCUCAACGACGGUGGCUUUCAUUGGCGCCCCCAGCAGCAACAAUUGGAGCCGGAACCCACCCCAAUUCUGUCAGCUGGGCUCGGCCUUGGCCUUCCCUAUGAUACCGCCGCAGCCGCAGCCGCCGCCGCCGCCGGGCUGCCGGACCUGAUGAUGGGCCCACCGCCCUUGUUCGGACCAAAGCCGGCAACUUUGGACUUCCUGGGACUGGGGAUGGGACCAGUAGGUGGCGCCGCCACCGGUGGACUAUCGGCAUUGAUCACUUCGAUCGGAGGCGGCGGCCUCGACAUGGGUUCCGGCGCAGCUGCAGCAGCUUCCGCUGGCCGUUUUGGAGGAGGGAGCUCGCCAGGGAAGGCGUGGGAAGGGGCGGAGAGGAAGCCCAAUAGCCCUGCCAUUCUGUAGGCAUUUGCAAUGACCUCCAAUGGGUUCUGGUCCUUUUUUCCCCCUUUAUUUCUGCAGCAUCUAUGGGAAUUCAGUUUGCAGUGGGGCAAGUUUUAGAGGCUGGAGAUCGACAGACUGAGAACAUUCCCUUUUUCUUUGCUAGUUUCUUUCAGUCCUGUUCUUUUUCUUUUGCUAGGAAGGGGCCAAACAGGUUUUUGAAGGAUUAGAGCUGUUCAUUUCUGCCUUUUUUUUUACUUCUUAAAUAGUUUUUUGUAUUUUUGUUUUAUUUUGUUUUGUCGUCUAGAUAUAAAUACAUUUUUAUAUAAAUAUAUUUAGUAUAGAUAGGAUAUA